GCUGGAGAAGCCGUUUCCAUGGUGAGUAAAAAUGGCGGCUCGAGGGAAGGGCAUUCCAAUUUUAUCUUCAGCGCCAUUGGAGUUUUUGUUCUUUCUCAAUACCUGGUAUUUCACCUGCUACUUCAUUGCUGAGAUACUGAUGUUUAUUUACAAAGGUCUGGUGCUCCCGUAUUCUCCAGCUAACCUCACCCUUGAUCUUGUUAUGCUUUUCCUCUAUCUCGGUGUGGAGAUACUCCGUCUCUUCUUUGGCUCCAAAGGCAACCUCACGCAACGUUCUUUGCCUCUGGCAGUCUCUCUGAUUCUCACUUUGCCCUGUGCCAUGAUGGCUGUUUACUACUUGCUACUGCAGACCUACGUCCUGCGUGUCGAAGUCAUCCUAAAUGCUAUUCUUCUGGUUUUCUGCCUGUUUGAAAUUGUUCUGGAACUUGCAACACUGGCAGCAUUCUCCAGAGCAAAAAUGUAUUAAACCAGCUUUGAAGUUGUCAGCAAAUACAUUUGGUGUUGCACAGAUAAUUAUCCAUUUUUUUCAAAUUGCACUUUAUUUCCUAGGUCAGACCACCAACUGAAUUAACACAGUAAGCAGAUCCUUGAAAGACACCACUCAAGGUGCUCCCAAGCCAGCAGAGACAUAUAAUCUCUCCAGCCUGUUCUGGGUUUGCUCCGACUCUACUGGGUUCUCCCCGCAGUUGGAUGUGCCCGAAACACCUCCUCAGAGUGGCGUCCAGAUGGAAGCUCAUUUCUGCCGCUUGUAUCCACGACUCAGAGGUUUCCAUCACUGCCCAAAGCACGUGACCACAGGCAAUUGUUGUCCUCUUCUGCCCAACUCUGACUCCCUGAAUGAUAUGAGACAGUACCUUUUAUGCAGAACAGCCAUUCCCUGCAUCUCCACUCGUCGGCACCCACAGAGCCCAGCAGAGCUGUCUUUCAAGAAAGUUGACAGUGUGCAUGGUGAAAUUCCAAAUUCACUGGCAACGUCUUUUUUCUUUUUG